AACAGAACCUCAGGGAGCAAGAAAUAGACCCCAUUUCUGAAUGCAAUUUGAGAAAAACAAGAUUCCAUCCACAGAAAACAGAGACGACGGCAGCAAGCAGUUUAUUUUGCAUAAAGGAAGAGGCGAGCUUCUCUGACUCGCAACUCCAUGAGAUGCUGCUCUCUCCAGAGCUCAGUGGUGACAUCGUGAAAGUAAAAUCUGAGCCACACGAUGUUGCCUGCCUACCAGAACAGAGCCAGGUCCAGCAACAGCACCGUGACCAGUCUCCGGCAGGAGGUGAUUCUGUACUUUGCCAUAGUGCAACACUUGGGAUGUGUCACAUCAAAGAGGAACCUCAGGAAGAUUCUUCGAAUGAAGACCCAAUCAUAGAAGUCAAAACAGAGCCUUACAAUGUUGCCAUCUUCGCAGGGCACGAGCAUAUGGGACCCAGCCAUGACUCAGCAUCAGAAGGUGCAGCAGCAAGCACUGGCAUGCUUCAUGUUGAGGAUGAGCCCACAGGAACUCUCACUCCAGCGUCGUCAGAUAACCCGAAGCAUCCUGUCGCGACGGUGGAUAAGGUGGGAGAGAACAGGCCCAACUGCAACCUCAGUCCAGCUGCAUUCUCCCAGUCUGAGAGCGCCAAGAACCACAUGCACAACCCUACUCAUGAGGUGCAUUCCAAGUGCAGUCUCUGUCCUGCAGCGUUCAACCACGGCACACACCUGCAGCAUCACAAGAAGACACAAACGGGCCAGAAGGCAUACAGGUGCGAUCUAUGUUCCUCAGAGUUCACUCGGCUGCACCACCUGAAAGAUCACGUACAGAUUCAUACUAGGGAGAAGCCGUACAAGUGUGACUUCUGUCCUGAAGUGCUUAUACGGAGCACGCACCUAGAGCAUCACAACAAGACACACGCGGGCGAGAAGCCAUUCAAAUGCGAUUUCUGUCCUGCAGCAUUUAGCCACACCAUGAACCUGCAGCGCCACAAGAGGACACAUACCGGCGAGAAGCCAUACAAGUGUGGUCUCUGUCCUGCAGCGUUUAGCCACAGCACGAACCUGCAGCGUCACAUUAGGACACAUACGGGUGAGAAGCCAUACAAGUGCAACCUCUGUCCCUCCGAGUUCACUCAGGUGCACCACCUGAAGGAUCACGUACGGAUUCAUACUGGUGAGAAACCGUACAAGUGCGAUCUCUGUCCUGCAGAGUUCAAUCGUAGCACGCACCUGCAGUGUCACAAGAAGGCACACACGGGUGAGAAGCCGUACAAGUGCGAUCUCUGUCCCUCUGAGUUCAGUCGGCUCCACCACAUGAAGGAUCACAUACGGAUUCAUACUGGUGAGAAGCCAUACAAGUGCAAUCUCUGUCCUGCAGAGUUCACCCGAAGCACAUACCUGCAGGGUCACAAGAAGACACACAUGGGUUGAGAAGCCAUACAAGUGCGACCUCUGUCCAGCAGAGUUCGCCCAGAGCACAUACCUGGAGUGUCACAAGAAAACACACAUGGGUGAUAAGUCAUAGAAGUGCGACCUCUGUUCGCAGUCUUCACUCGGAGCACGCCCCUACAGCGCAAUAAGAAGGUACACACGGGCGAGAAGGCACACAAGUGCGAUCUCUCUCCCGCAGCGGUCCGCCAGAGCGAGCAGCGUGCAGCGUCACAAGGGGUAGUGAUGGAAGCUGUCCUGCAGAGGUUAGCCAUGGCACGCACCUGCACCGUCACAAGAAGACAAACAAGAGUGAGAAGCCGUACAUGUGCGACCUAUGUCCUACAGGGGUUAGCCGGAGCACGCACCAGCAGCGUCCCAAGGGGACACACGCGGGCGACAAGCCAUGCAAUUGCGAUCUCUGUACCUCUGAGUUCAUUCAGCUGCACCACCUGAAGUGUCACAUACGGAUUAAUACUGGUGAGAAGCAGUACAAGUGCGAUCUCUGUCCUGCAGAGGUUAGCCAGAGCACGCCCCAGGCGAUAGGGGAAAGUAGAGCUGUUUUUCUUUUGAACUUUUUCUUUUCUUCUUAACUCACAAUGGAAUGGGCCUAAGUUGCCCUUCUUAAUACAAUGAAUACUUUUGGAAUCACAAGUCUUCUUCUUAUGUACCUGUUUCUGAAGUGGUGCAAACCGGAAAAUCAUCACUGGUAUUUGCUAUCAUAUGUACAUCAGAGAAAAGAUUUCUCGCAGCUGGUUAUAAAAAGGUAAAAGCUGUCUGUGUCGAAUACAUAAUUCG